UAAAACAGAAUAAAAAAUUGGAUGACGGUGAUGUCUGUGGAUGCCCAAAUGGGCUCCAAAUGACAAUCAAAUUAGGUCAAACCCUGAAAUUAGGAGCAAACGAACGCCAGAGCAGAGAGAUCCAAAACCCAAAACACUUCCCAUUCAUCAUUUCACAAAUUCGUCAGAUUUCCGAAAGGGCGCCCUCUGAUUUUUUUCCUCAAUCUAUUUUCCCGCCAAAAUACGCUCACGAAAUCCUCAAAUGGCGUUUUGAGCUUCGAAAUCAUCGCUCACCACUGGUAGUGUUAUUAAUUUCAGAAAUGGGCAUGGAAUCCAGCUCCACCCACUUCACAAAUAUCAGAAGCUUAGAUACCGGUUCUAAGAUUGAAGACAGUGGGAACAACUUAGUUAUCGAGGCGUACCCUUUAGGAAUGAUGCCUCCGAUGAAUGCUGUCGAUACAGAGGAUGAGGGAGAGUCUGGAGUACUUGAACCGUAUGUGGGGUUAGAGUUUGAUUCAGCAGAUGUUGCCCGUGAUUUUUACACUCUCUAUGCAGCACGGAUGGGGUUCAAAGUUCGAACUGGUCAGUUGUAUCGCUCGAGAACUGAUGGGUCAGUCUCUUCUCGAAGAUUUGUGUGCUCUAAGGAGGGGUUUCAGAUUAGUUCACGGACAGGAUGCCCGGCAUUAAUAAGGGUGCAGAGACGUGAUUCUGGGAAAUGGGUUGUAGACCUUUUCCUGAAGGAUCACAAUCAUGGUCUUGGAUCAUCUACAGAGGAAAAUCGUUCCCCGAUUUUUCAGAAGAAGAGUUCAAUGCCAACAAAUUCGGUUGUUGAAGUGUCUCAUAGGCCAAAAGUCAAAUUGAUUAAGGCAAUUGAGGAUAAACCACCUUGCCCAUCUGGAGUUAUAACUGCCAAGCGCUUAAAACGGGGUGGAGAUGAAAUGCAGUCAGAAGUUGAUCUAUCUGCAGGUCUGGAGUUCAAUUCAGCCAAUGAAGCAUACCAAUUUUAUCAUGCAUAUGCUGAGAAUACAGGAUUUAGAAUCAGGAUUGGUCAAUUGUUUCGUUCAAAGCUUGAUGGGUCAAUUACAUCUCGGAGAUUUGUGUGUUCAAAGGAAGGGUUUCAGCAUCCAUCACGAGUUGGUUGUGGGGCAUAUAUGAGGAUUAAGAGACAAGAUUCUGGAAGAUGGGUAGUGGACCGUUUUGAUAAAAAUCAUAACCAUGAGUUUGAGUCUCACCUGGAAGUUCAAAAGAAAAAUCUAUUCUCUUCAAAAAAGUUCAUAGAAGAGGAGAUCGGAGGGCUGGAGAUUGAAGAUAUUGUUGACAUAAACAAUGGUAACCUUGUCAAAAGACAUAGAGAAAAUCACAUUGGAAGUGAUUGGUACAGUGUGCUGUUUGACUUUUUCCAAACCAAACAGGCCGAAGAUACAGGAUUCUUUUAUGCAGUAGAAGUUGAUAAUGGUAAUUGCAUGAGUAUUUUCUGGGCUGAUGGGAGGUCUAGGUUUUCAUGCAGCCAGUUUGGUGAUGCCAUUAUUUUCGACACCUCAUAUCGGAAAAGUAUUUAUCUGGUGCCAUUUGCCGCUUUCAUUGGAAUCAACCACCACAAGCAACCGGUGCUUCUUGGCUGUGCCCUAGUUGCUGAUGAGUCUGAGAAAUCUUUUACUUGGUUGUUUCAAACAUGGCUUAGGGCAAUGUCAGGGUGUCGUCCUCUGUCAAUAAUAGCUGACCAAGAUGAUGUGAUCCAGCAAGCCAUCAUGCAAGUUUUUCCAGGAACCCAUCAUCGUUUCUCGUUAUGGCAGAUCAAGGCAAAAGAAAGUGAGCAUCUAAGCGUAAUGAAUGGUUCUUUUAAAUAUGAAUAUGAAAAAUGCAUUUAUCAGUGUCAAACAGCCGAUGAAUUUGAAACCGCAUGGAAUGCACUCCUCAGCAGGUAUGGGUUGAAAGAUAACGCUUGGCUGAAAGCAAUGUACGAAAAGCGCAGGAGUUGGGUUCCAUUAUACUUACGAGCUACAUUCUUUGCUGGCAUCCCCUUUAAUGAAAGUAUAGAAUCAUUCUUUGGUGCACAUUUCAAUGCCCAAACACCACUUAAGGAGUUUGUUUCACAAUAUGAAAGAGGCCUUGAGGGACGGCGUGAAGAAGAAAUAAAAGAGGAUUUUAACUCUUUUAACUUGAAAGCCUACUUGCAGACGAAAGAACCAUUAGAAGAACAAUGUAGAAGACUUUAUACACUGAACACAUUCAGGGUAUUUCAGAAAGAACUUCUACAAUCCUAUAGUUAUCUAGGAUUUAAGAUUUAUGAUGAAGGGGCAAUCAUCAGGUAUUUGGUCCGCAAGUGCGGGAAUGACGAUGAGAAAUCUAUAGUCACGGUUGGUGCGGCCAUUCCCGAAGUGGGCUGUAGCUGUCGAAUGUUUGAAUUUGAAGGUAUACUAUGUAGGCAUGUGUUGAGAGUUUUCCAAAUCUUGGACAUAAAAGAAGUUCCCCCUUGCUAUAUCUUGCGCCGUUGGACUAGAAACGCUGAAUAUGGUAUUCCUUGUGAAUCUGAAUUGGGUGGAAACCCUCAAGAGCUGAAGGCCUUGAUGGUGUGGAGUUUGAGAGAAGCAGCCUGUAAAUACAUAGAGGCUGGGGCAACAUCUCUUGAAAAGCACAAGCUCGCCUACGAAAUAAUGAGAGAGGGCGGACGAAGACUUUGUUGGCAGAGGUAAGUGUGUGGGGAACAAGAUUCAGUCAUCUCUGAUAGUUUGUAUGGAUAGAUUUUGAAGUUUUCGAGCUGCAUAAGUAGCUAGUCCUUUUUUUGACAAUCGGUCUAGGUUAUGUAACAGAAGGACCAUUGAUUUGCCUUUUAUAAUUUGCUGUUGAUAUGUAUCAGUCAUGUAAAUAUUUGGUUGUCAUUAUUUUCCAGUUACUUGUGCAGGUGAGAAAUGGGGUCUAAUUUCUAAGCAAUAGUUGGGAAAUGGCACUAGUUUGCCGUCAAAGUUUGGUGUUUGUAUUGAUUGUUUUAUGAUCGGUCAUCUCUUUUCUCUCUCUUGUAUAUACAUUAUAUUCAUGAGUUCAAUCUAUUGAAUUAAAAAUAAGAAUCAA